GGAUGUUAAUCAUGUUGGUGUCGCUGCUGGUAGAAGACACCAACGGUACAGUGAGUCUACUGAGUGUUUUGUACGCUGCAGCAUCUUUGACAUACCUCAUUCUGAAUACGGGCAUUCGUAAAAUAUUGGUGUUUGACGUUUGUCGAAGCGCACUAUUAACACUAGCUGGGACACUAUUAUUUCACUUCAUGGCAAUUUUAUUUGGAGCACCGCUUGUAAGGAGUAUAGAACGUACUGCUAGAUUCUCUUUACUUUUGUCUCUCAUGACUGUCACUCCUGCGAGCGUCUUUCUCAAAUUUGACUCCGACAAAUGGUUCAGGCUUUUUCUAUUGUGGAGGCCACUGACAAUGGGCGAAAGAUUACUGAUUGUGUCUAGUGUUGGAGCGGUUGUUGGUGCAUGGCUUGGAGCAUUUGUGAUUCCAUUGGACUGGGAGAGACCAUGGCAGGUAUGGCCAAUUUCAUGUGUGGUGGGUGCUGUGGCUGGCCACUUGGUGGCGUGUACAGUAGGUGCUAUAGGAUUGCUAGCUUACAAAUUCUAUUGUAGAGAAAGAACAAAGUUGCUGUAAAUAUUUGGUAGUCU